AUGCCAACCACAAGCUCCAGCCCUGAAUCAAGCAGAAGUAGCUCGGUUGGAUCAUGUGUCUCGACGACGACGACUGCUCGAUACGGCUUGGAGUCAUUUGAGACUCUCGAACCACGUGUUCUCAAGCUUGCCACGGAGAGUGUCUGGCCAGGCAGUAAAGCAGAGGACAUCGCCGUGAAGAAGAUAGCAUUGGGAGGGUUCAACCGAAUUAUUGGGCUAGAAAGAAAGGGAGAAGAGGUCAUUUUGAGACUUCCCCAUUGCAAAGGAGCUGAUAUCAAUGCCGAGGUGAACGCUUUAGACUUCGUGCGGAGGCACACCACGAUCCCGCUGCCCGAAGUCGUGUCCGUCGACGAUAAGACCAACAACGAUUUGGAUUCCAAGUACUGCAUUCAGCGACUUCUUCCAUCAGGAACGGUCCUCAGCUUAUACCUGGGAUUGACUCACUCACAAAAGUGCCAAGUCGCUCGCGAGUUAGGCAACGCAAUGAAUCAAAUGCUCGCCGUGAAGAGCAGCAUCGCUGGUAGAAUAUCCAGUAAACCACUGGACGUCCCAUCCGCCUCCACCAAUACGUUUCUCUCAAAUAUCCGCUACUGGAUUAAUCGAGACAUUUCCCUGAAGCGGCUUCUAGGGAAGGAUAUUAUCACCCUCCGGCAAUCUCACGUCCCACGGUCUUUGUUUUAUAUCGAACCUCUUCUUCCCAGAUUCGAUGUGCUGACUACGGAAGAGGCUGAUCGUCGAUUCAAUGAUGCUGGGUUUGGAGUAGCCUAUAGUGAUCCUGUUGCCACGAGACCCUACCAGGCACAUGCACCACAAGAGUCUACGCUCGAUCUGCUUACUGCGCUGUGCAAGGCACAUAAGGCCAACAAUAUUCGCCGUUGCCCACUGAGAGCAGGGAUGCCGCAUCUGAUGGAUCGACUCAGCCGCAUGGCAGAGCAGCUGGCAGCCCAAGGGUGGCUGAAUGACCGAAGCUAUUCACUGUGUCAUCUUGAUUUUCAUCCACGCAACAUAUUAAUUAAUCCCGGUGCCCGAGAGAUUGUGUCCGGAAUAAUCGACUGGGAUAGCGCGUUAUUCCUUCCUACAUUCAUGGCAUGUGAGCCUCCUAUGUGGCUUUGGGCCUGGAAUGAUGAAGAUGACGAAGAUCAACGACACGCCAAUGAAAUACCGUCAACACGUGAGGAGCAAGAGAUCAAGGCCAUAUUUGAGGAGGCCGCAGGUAAAACCUACUUGAAGUUCGCCUAUGAUCCAUCUUAUCGUCUAGGAAGGCAACUUGUCAAGUAUAUUAUUGAAGACGUGAGAUGCGUUUCCACCGCUGAAAUCGUCGGUCAAAUGUUGGAUGAGUGGGACGUUUUGUAUUCACAGAGUCAAAUGGAGUGA